AUGGGAUGUAGAUGGUCUUGGUACUCUGGACGCGUGGAAGGCAAGAACGAGGUAGGUAUUUUGGUUGAUAGGGAUCUUCGUGAGCUAGUGGUGGAGGUUAGGAGGGUUAACGACAAGUUGAUAGGCAUUAAGCUAGUUGUUGGGGGUUUUACUUUAAACGUGAUAAGUGCGUACGCACCUCAAGUGGGCUUGGACGAGGAGGUCAAAAGGUGUUUCUGGGAGGAUUUUGAUGAGGUUGUGUGUGGUAUUCCGUACACUGAGAAACUUUUCAUAGGAAGGGAUUUCAACGGCCACAUUGGGGCGACAUCUAGGGCUACGAUGACGUGCAUGUCGGCUUUGGUUUCGGAGUUAGAAACGGAACUAACUCUAGUUUCCCGAAGGAGGAUGAGCACUUGGUCACCUUUCAGAGUUCGGUGGCCAGGGCCCAGAUUGAGUAUCAACUCUUCAGGAAGUCUGGUAAAGGGAGGCUGCCAGAGAGGUAUUGGAGUCUCGAAAGGCUCAUCCGGUGGCCGUAAAGGGGAUUGGUGGUGGAGUACUGAGGUUCAAGGGAAAGUGGAAGCAAAGAAAGCGGCAUAUCUUAAGCUUUUGGAGAGCGUGGACGAAGAGGUGAAAAGGACGAAUAAGGAACGGUAUAAGAUGGCUAAGAAGGAAGCAAAGUUAGCAGUGCGGCCAAGACUGCCGUGUUUGAAAGCUGCUAUGAAGAGCUUGGAGGACGAGGACGGCAAAGUUUUAUUGGAUGAGGCACUUAUUGGACGUAGAUGGCAGACUUACUUCCAUAAACUCUUGAACGAAGAGGAGGAUAGGAACAUUGAGCUAGACGACUUAGAACACUCUGAGAGUCGUCGGGACUUCGAGUAUUGUAGGCGUAGAAGAGUCGAGGAGGUUGAGGCUAUGCAUAAGAUAAGCAGGGGGAGAGCGACUGGUCCUGGUUAUUUAAUGUCAUUUUUAGAAUGA